GUCAACGAUGUAUUGCUAGGUGCCACUACAUGGAAUGUAUUGGUUAACUAUGGCAACCCUAUCUCGGUAUUUUUGAAUGAGUAUGUCUUUGAGAGGGUCUUAUUUUCCGAUUUCCAUAAAUUGAUUACAUGGAUUUCGUACAACCAUCCGGCCGGGUUCAAACUCAAUAACGAGCUAGGGAGCUUUAUGGGAUCAUUGUUUUUAUGGAGUCUUAAUUCAUGGAAAGUAAUAAUUCAAGAAACCAUUCUUUCGGAAACCAAUAAACGCUUCUCGGUGACAUUAACCAAUGUUUUAUGUCACCUUGGAGUCACGUUUUUACUUGCGUUUAUUCUUGAUAUCCUCAACCUAACAACCAUCCACAUUGUAUGGUUUUAUCAUACGUCAGCAAGAAUCUACCAGAAGCAAGUUGAAAUCCUCAAGUCGUUGUUCCAGUUAUUCCGAGGAAAGAAGUAUAAUGUAUUGAGAAACAGAGUGGAUCACCUAGACAAUUAUUCUCAACCUAACGAGUUCUUAGAAGUUGAUCAGCUUCUUCUAGGAACAUUGCUUUUCAUGAUAUUAGUACUAUUACUUCCUACAAUUUUUGCAUUUUACUUGACCUUUUUCAUGAUCCGAUUGUCUAAUAUCUUGGUACUUAAUUUCUUUGAGAACCUCCUCAUUAUAAUCAACUUUGUACCAAUCUUUGUGAUCUUGCUCAAGUUCAAAAAUUCCAGUAGACUCCAGGGAGGAUUGAAAUUCCAAAUUUUGGACAAGAAACUCCCAAAUUGUAGCUACUUGGAACUAUCUAACAAAUCAUUAACAUAUUCAGAGAUCUUUAAGAAUUUUGCAGCCUUAUUCAAACGACUCAAAAAUUUCAGGACAUCGAUACUCUCGGUAUUCUUUAAAGGAAACUUGAUCAGCUUGAAUCACCAACACUCCUUAAAGUUCAAUUAUCUCAUGCUUCCUGAAAAUGUAGAAAAGUCCAUUGAUAUAUGGAAGUAUUUCACAAACACUUUAUAGGCCCAAAAUAAUGCGCACGAGAUUACGCAAGUUCAAUAUCCCUUAAAUUGGUAACAGUUACAAUGAAAACACGGCUAACCUUUAAUAUAAAGCUAAUUCGAAGCAUAAUAACACAGUAUAGACAAUCACACAACCGUCCUCAAAACGAUAGAUCGAUUAUUGAUGAAGCAUUGAACCUAUUUGCCCCCAAACAAGCUCCUAAAAAUACGUCUAAUUACAAGCCAUCAAUAUUGUCUUCUGUUGCCUAUGGACCGGUUUCAGAGCAAUAUCAGACAAAAAUAACCAGAGAACCCCAAGACGUCGAUGCCUUCAAAGUCCGAACAGAUUUUAGUACGGGCCGCUUGGUGAACUUUCUUGAUGUUGUCUCAUUGCCCCGUGACAUGUUAGAUUUGAAUAAUAAGAUCUUGAAGUCAACCGACCUGGAGUUCAGACAGAUCAUAGGGGAAAUAAGGGACCAGGAACAACUCGUCUACAUAUUCAAGUUUCUCUAUUUACAAGAUAAGUUGAAUUUGAGCAAACUCACAACCAUUGUGCUAAACAAGAAUUUACGCAACUUGAGCUUGUUACCGUUUGAUUUGAAGCAUCCAGAAGACUCCAUGCUCAACUGGCCUGCGUUGGACUAUACAAAAUUGAGGGUGACGUUAUUAAGAAAGUUUCAAACGAUGCACAAACCGCUUCACAUUGUAAAGAAUUUAGAACAAAGCUUUGAUCACGACUACCUUCCUUCGAUGAGGCUGAAGGAACUUCCUCAGUUCUACGAGAGAACGAUCUGGAAGUAUUAUUUCGAGUACGUUCUGCACAUGAACAAACACAAGGACGAAUCAUAUUUCAUUCACGAAUUGAACGAUUUGUACCAUUCUUUCACGAUCUGGGAGUCUUCUAAGCUCAAGAGUCUCCCUAUUUCAACGGAAAUCUUGAAGGUGCACAAAUCCAUGAAUCGCCUCCAGCAAUUGUUUUUCAAGAUUUGCAGCCAAGAGUCUGUAAACCGAUUGAUCAACUCUCAGUUGCAGAAGAAUAAGUACUCAGAUCUUUUGAACGUGUUGAAGAAAAUAAGUAUCAACUACAAGUUCUACAGUUUCGGGGAACUCGAGGAUACGUCCAUCGAAACUCGAGCCACCUACUACAUGGUGAUUGACUCUCUCGAAAAGUUAUUGGUGCACAAGAUUGUACCAUUCGCCAAAGGAGAAGACGUCAGUGAGCUUGUGCUGGAAUUGAACGAAAUUAAGAAGAUUAUCACCAAAUUUGAGGCUUCCGACGAUAUUCAUGAAAAUAACUGGGACGAUAAGUUGGUGCUUUUGAGUAGUUUUUUGAAGUAGUUAAUAAAUGCGCGGGACGCUU